CGUCCCUCUCCCUCUCUCUCUUUUCUUUUCUUCAACACUUUCUUUUUUUAUAAAGUUUGUUUUCUGCAUUGGACCGUUGACUACAACUAUCGUAAAUGGGUUUGAAAUACCGGGUUUACUUGGAAGGCAAAAAAGUGUACGGAUGCUCUAAAUGCCGCUCUCACUUGUCCACCAGUGACAAAGUCAUGUCAAAGGAAUUCCAAGGCCAGUAUGGCCAGGCGUAUCUUUUCUGUGGAGUCGUCAACAUUGAGGAGGGCGAAGAGCAACAGGAAAGAACCAUGACAACAGGAAGGCAUCGUAUUGCAUCCAUAAGCUGUGUCCGCUGUGAAACGAUGCUUGGAUGGAAAUAUAUCAAGGCGUACGAUUCGCAGCAAAAGUACAAGGAAGGAAAAUAUGUACUAGAAAAGAACUUACUCCGGCUCGUCGAUUAGCUUUCUUCACCGUCCCCACAUCCCAUCAACCAAACGCUGAAAUCCAUAAUCCAGUCAGUCUAAAUCGGACAAUACACACUACAACAUCUACCAAAUCUUUCAACACACUCUCUGGAAAGUCACCCUACCAAACCCAAUCCAGUCUAACCAUUUAAUCCAGACCAAACUGUACAUAUCAUUCUCUCUCGUUUACUCUAUUUUGCAUAAAUA